UCGAGCAAGCUACCAUCUGCAGCGAUGGCCCGGCUGAGAAACGACGACGCUCGUGCCUCUCCGACCCUCGCAUUGGGCAUCCUUGUGAUCUUCGCGUUCUGCGCGGGAUCUGCUGCAUCUGCAUUAUCAGCAGAAGCUAACACGUCUCGUUCGACCUUCAGCUACGACGAGGGGGGUUCGACUGGGCCUUCAGAAUGGGCCACAUUGCAGAAGGACUGGGCUAUUUGUGGCCGAGGCACCAAGCAGUCGCCAAUCGAUAUCACGAAGGUGGAGGCUUCAAAGGAUUUAGGACCACUGAAGCAGACCUACAAGGCCGGCACCGCCACGAUGCAAGACCGAGGCCACGAUUUCAUGCUCAACUUCAAAGGAGGGAAUGGCGAGCUGACGAUCCAAGGGAAGGAGUACACGCUCCAGCAGGUGCACUGGCACGCACCCUCUGAGCACACCGUCAAUGGCACCGGCUUCGAAGCGGAGAUGCACAUGCUGCACGAGGACCCCAGCAAGGCGAGGGCCGUCGUCUCAGUGCUGUUCAGCACGAAAGCGGGCAGGCCGAGCAAACUGCUCACUGAUCUAGAGCCCUACUUCAAGAGGCUUGCUGGCAAAGAGAAUGCCCAAGAGGAAGUGAAGGGCCCUAUAGACCCAGCAGCCUGGAUAGACAAAGCCUCAGGCUACUACAGAUACGACGGCUCUCUGACAACGCCACCUUGCACCGAAGGAGUGAUUUGGACGAUCAUGAGCAAGGUAGCGAAUGCAUCGAAGGAGCAGAUCGACUUGCUCAAGUCAGUGAGUAAGCCUGCGAAAUCAAAUGCGCGUCCGGCUCAGAAAAUUAACAGCCGAGUUGUUCGCUAUUACGAACCUGGAACUAAAUAG